UAUAAUUAAAUGUGAAAGGCCAUAUGAACAUAAAAUGAUGUAAUUAAUAAUGCAUAUUAUCUUAAUAUUUAAUUCAAAACAGCCACUGCAGUCCCCAUGUUCUAAGCACAAGUUCUUACUUCAUUACUCUCUCUAUUUUAUGCAUUCCUCUUCUUAGCUCCUUGCCUCAUACCUCUCUUUCUUUGAUCUCCUCCAUAUCUCUCUUUCUCAAAUGCCUCAAAGCUCUGAGCAGGAAGAAGGGCAGCAGGCUGGUGCCGGGUUGCGGUGGGCAACGCGUCAAGGGAUCCAGUUUCGGAGGCGACGAAUGGCAGUGGCACGGCUCGGGGGGAAGAGGUCGGGGCGGCUAGUGGCGUGGGGGAGGAGGCUGAGGAAGAUAAGGCUGAGAUGGGUGAAACUGAAAUGCAUAGCCAUGGUGAAGAAGGUGAAGAAAUACUGCGCAAGUUUGAUGAAGGAUAUGAUGGAAGCAGGGGCAUAUGGUGACUCCUACCAACAUAGGCUUCUCUUGGAGACUUCUUUUGCCAUUCCAAUUUUGGGUGUCUCGUUUUCUACGCAUUCAACUCAUGCUGCAGCGUCCGCAUAAAUUUCUAUCUCAAAUUGUCCAUACAGUUUCCU